UAGUGAGCUGCAGGCAAAGGUUCCGAUGCGUCUGUUUGUAGUGCUGAGUGUUUGUGUGGCUUUGGCAUCCGCCGGAGGUUACGGCGGAGGUGGAGGAGGAGGAGGAGGAGGAGGAGGUGGUGCUGCUGGUGCUUCGGCAUCCGCUUCUGCCGGAGCGCUGGGCGGCGGCGGCGGCGGUAAACUCGGAGGAGGACAUGGAUCCGGAGGUCACGGAGGUGGAGGAGGAGGUCCAGGAUACGGAUCAGGUGGAUUAAUCGGCGGAGGAGGUCCAGAACUUAGUUAUGGAAAUGAUGGGCUCAUUGGAGGAGGUCCCGGUGGCGGUCAUGGUCCAGAACUUAGUUAUGGAAAUGAUGGGCUCAUUGGAGGAGGUCCCGGUGGCGGUCAUGGUCCAGUACUUAGUUAUGGAAAUGAUGCGCUCAUUGGAAGAGGUCCCGGAUUUGGAUCAGGAGGAGGUGGCGGUCAUGGACCUGGAUCUAAAUCGCCAGGAGGUAGUUAUGGAAAUGAUGCGCUCAUUGGACCUGGAUCUAAAUCGCCAGGAGGUAGUUAUGGAAAUGAUGGGCUCAUUGGAGGAGGUCCCGGAUUCGGUCCAGGUGGCGGAAUCGGAGGAGGUAGUCACUCUGGAGGUGGUGGACCUGGCUUCGGUGGCGGUCAUGCCGGCGGAGGCUUUGGCCCUGGAAUCGGAGGUGGAGCCGGCGGCGGUCACUUUGGAGGUAGUUUCAGUGGCUACAAGAACGGCGGCCGUGGUGGCGGUGGUGGAGGUGGCGGACACGGCGGCGGCGGCGGCGGCGGUGGCUAUGGAGGAAGGCCUGGAGGUGGCGUCGGAUAUGGAGGUGGUGCCAGCUCGAGCGCCUCUGCUUCGGCCAGUGCUUCGGCGAAUAGUGGCGGUGGCUACCACGGCUAGUGCUAGUUCCCUUAAACCUCAAAAUCCUGUAAUUGCCCAAAUCGCUUGAAAGUAUUACCCACGAUUUCAAUAAAAUGGUUCUUUUCUGUAUACCAAAAUUGCCUUUAAUUAAAAAAUUUGCAUAA